CCCAAACUUUCUUUAGUCAUCUCCUGUAAACAAGCAUUCUGAGAAAUUGCUAGGAAGGACGACUAAAACACUUAGGUAAAAUUUCCCAUCACAAUUGAAAUAGAAAUCAUUUCAAUCAGAAAAUCGAUCAUCAUACAGAUGGCCGCCCCUCCAUCACAGCCUAUUCCUAUGGCCACCUCUUCUUCAGAAUCAUUUCAAUCAGAUAUGGAACAGUCUGUAAUCAUAGAGUUGGCCAAUCCAUCACGGCCAGUUGCUUCUUCAACUCAGCAUAUGGCCUUGUCUUCAUCUCAACUUGUCGAUCUAAAAAAGUACCUACCACUGUAUAAAGCUAUACUCGGAGGCGACUUACGAUAUGUACAAGAAAUCUGUAACGAGGAUGAACAUGUGUUAGAAGCCAGGAUCACGGAAAACUCUGACACAGCUCUUCAUGUAGCUGUAGGAGCAGUCACCGCUAAUCAUAUUGUGGAUUAUCUAUUGACUAAGAUGUCAAAUGAUCAAGUGGCACUCACAAAUAAAGACGGCAAAACUGUGCUUUCAGUCGCUGCAAUUGUUGGUAAUGUCCAAGCAGCCAAGAAGAUAAGGGAGAAAUGGCCAGACUUAUUGGAUAUCAAAACACCUUUAAUUGAGGCUGCUCGACAUGGCUAUAAGGAGAUGAUUACCUAUUUAUUGAAAUUCACGGAUAGAAACUUGCUGUAUUCCUACCCAGUUAAGGAUAAAACCGGUGUUUUGUUCGUUCAUUGGCUAAUAAUCGCUGGAUUUUACGACUUAGCCAUGAGGGAGGUUGAAGAUUAUCCAAAUUUAGCUCUAAUGGAGUUAGAUCGUGGUGAGACUCUUCUGAGUACAAUAGCCAAAAAGCGGAUUGCGUUUUCCAUUGGAAGAAAGCUAAAUUUUUUCCAGAAUGCCAUCUACAUAAGUCAGUUGGUUUGUAGAUAUUUUUUUUUCAAAAUCAAGUUUCUGAUUGUUCUGAGCUUUGGAGGUAUUUUUGUAAUGGUACACCACAUAGCAUGCAAAUUCAUCCCAAGCUACAUGAUGUCACACAUCCGAAGCUGCAAACAAAAAAUGAUGCAAUGCAUUUGGAGUAGCAACCGAAAAAUGAUGUCAUGCAUCCCAAGUUGCAUUCGAAACAUGAUACGGUUCAUCGAAUACAUCUGGUCUAGGUACAACCGAAACAUCUGGUCGAAGUAUAUCCAUUAUAUUAUAUCAGUUCGAGUUUACCGAAGUAUAAUUGGAGAGAAAGAAUGGACGCUUCAACAAAAAAAUAGACUUGCCAAAGCCUUGUGCAUGAAAAUUACCAGAGCUCUAGGGUAUGAAAAAGCUUCCUCAAUCUUGAAGAAAUCACUCCUUUUAGCAGCAGAAUCAGGGGUUCACGAAGUUGUGGAAGAGAUCAUAAAAUCAUUUCCAGAUGCAGUCUUGUAUUCAGAUCAAGAACAACAUAAUGCAUUUCAUUUAGCAGUCAUUAACCGCCAUAAAUGGGUAAUCAACCUCAUAUUCGAAAUGAGUGGCCACAAACAUUUGUUGUUGAUGUCUCAAGACAAUUCUGGGAAUAAUAUCUUGCACUUAGCUGGAAAACUGGCCCCUCUAUAUCAACUUAAUCGCAUCCCUGGCGCAGCACUAAAGAUGCAGCGUGAGUUACAGUGGUUUAAGGAGGUAGAGAAAAUUGUACCGCCUAGCAUCAAAGAAGAUAAAAAUUCUCAAGGAAAAACUCCGGCAAUGGUAUUUGUUGACGAACAUCAGGGUCUUGUUAAAAAAGGUGAAAAAUGGAUGAAAGAUGCAGCCACCUCUUGCUCAAUAGUAACAGUACUCAUUGCUACAGUAGUAUUUGCUGCAGCAAUUACAGUACCUGGUGGGACUGCCACUGAUGGCACUCCAAAUUUUUACGGAUUCCCAGCCUUUACUAUCUUUGCCAUGGCCGAUGCAGUCUCUUUGUUCUCAUCAAUAGCAGCCGUCUUCAUGUUCAUGUCCAUCCUUACUGCACGCUACGCAGAAACUGAUUUUCUAUUUGCCCUGCCCAAAAGAUUAAUAUUGGGUCUUUUUAUGUUGUUCCUGUCCCUAACAGCCAUGAUGGUAGCCUUUGGUGCCACUGUUUAUAUGGUGAAUUUUGAUUACAAGCAUAAAGAGAUAAGGAAAGGCGGGGUAUUUUGUUUAGUAAUGGGAUUGGCUUUUUUGCCUGUGUCUGUGUUUGCCUUUUCGCAAUUUCCCCUCCUAGUGGAAUUGACCUAUUCCACCUAUGGCCCCAGCAUUUUUCGCAAGCGAAGAACAGGUGUCUUCUACAAGAAAGGUGAGUAAAAAAUAAAAAUUAACGGUGUUAUUGUCCAAGUUUUGUAUUUCAAGUGCUGUAACAUUAUUAUUCAAAAUGUCAAGACUUGAAAUGUAAAACAUUGUUCUACUGAAAUUUGUCUUCACUAGAGUAAUAAAUGUGCCUGCUAUUAGAGUUAAAAGAGAUCGUCAAGUGUGAGAGUGACGGGAUAAUAAAAAAUUUGCAUCUUUGUAUUCUGUUUUGACAAAAACUCUAG